GUUUCAAAGAGACCUCAGCUUCCCUGUGAAUUUCCCAGCUAAUCCUGAGACCCUGAAAAGGGAAGAGUUCCCUAGCAGUCUCCCUCUUCAGCAGACCCUUCUCGUUUAGGAAAUUGGAAAAGGAUAUUUUAGUUGCUAACACACAGUUCCCUGCGGGGAAUUCCCUCUACGUGCUAGAACUGUGCAGCGUGGCGGGGCUGGAGCAGAGCACCGAGGUCUCUACGUGGACUCGCUCGACUCUUCCCUCCCUACUGCCCCACUGUAUCCUUCCCAGAGAGUAGUGCCGCCCUUGCUCGCCUGCAGGACUAAAGGAAGAGGGGCAGAGGCGGGAGCAGGAAAAAAGGAAUCGAGGGGAAGUUUCUAGGGGUGUGCCGGGCAGGGCGGAGGAUUCCCGUGAGUCAGCGGAUCGGGCCCAGCGUGACUUCACUGCUUCCCAAGAAGAGGCGCCCCGGGGCAGGAGACCGCUCAGAGGGCAGCAACAGGAGUGGAAAGGUCAAGUCUGUUGUUGGCACACUCCAGCAUGCACCCUUGAGCUUGAUAUAGACCACCACCUUCUCCAGCUCUGGAUAUCCUCUGCUGUGGUCCAGAGACAGCUCUAGAACCUAAGGCACCUGAACAGCAUCUCUUCAUCAGGAAACCCACUGAAGCUCUGAGAGCCCAAGAAAUCACACCAUCAGCUCUCCAAGAAUCUGGCAUGGCUAUUACCAUGCAACCCAGUGAUCUGGUCUUUGAAUUUGCAAGCAACGGGAUGGAUGAUAUCCACCAGCUGGAAGACCCUUCAGUGUUCCCAGCUGUGAUCGUGGAGCAGGUCCCCUAUCCUGAAUUACUGCAUCUAUACUCAGGAUUGGACCUGGAUGAAGUCCACAAUGGGAUCAUAAGAGAUAGGACCUUGUGCAUGACACAGGAUCAGGUCCUAGAGGGAAGUUUUUUGCUUGCAGAUGACAAUGAGGCCAAGUCACAUAACACGUCAUCUACGGAAGUCUUACUCAAUGUGGAAUCUCCCAACGACAUCCUGGAUGAGAAGCAACUCUUCGGCACAUCUGAAAUACUUCCAGACUCAGAUUCUGUGCAUGGCAUCAGUCUGCCCAACUUACUGUUUCCUGCCUCUGAACCUGAUAUUCUGAAUGAGGCAGGUGACCCUGUUGACCAGGGGAAGAAUUUUCUGGAGGAGAGGGUCUCCACUGAGGAAAGUCCUAAGAAGAUUGUAAAGUCAAGGAAGAGAAUCCGGAAGACCAAGGGCAACCGAAGUACCUCACCUGUCACUGACCCCAGCAUCCCCAUACGGAAGAAAUCCAAGGAUGGCAAAGGCAGCACCAUUUAUCUGUGGGAGUUUCUCCUGGCACUUCUGCAAGACAGAAACACCUGUCCCAAGUACAUCAAGUGGACCCAGAGAGAGAAAGGGAUUUUCAAGUUGGUAGACUCCAAGGCUGUGUCCAAACUAUGGGGGAAGCAGAAAAACAAGCCGGACAUGAACUAUGAGACCAUGGGACGGGCCCUUCGGUACUACUACCAAAGAGGAAUCCUGGCCAAAGUGGAAGGGCAGAGGCUGGUGUACCAGUUUAAGGAGAUGCCUAAGGACUUAAUCGUGAUUGAAGAUGAGGAGGAGAAAAUUGAAGCACCAGCAGCUCCCCCUCUGGCCUCUACUUCCGCUACUUCCUCCACUGGCACCACCCGAAGAGCCAGCUCUAGGGUCUUAUCCAGAGCUUCCCCCCAGGACAAGACUAGCCUUUCCUGGGAGAAGCCAAAGGUUCAACACACUGGUCUCCAGCCAUCUGCAAGCCUGGAGUUAGGGCUGUCUCUGGAUGAGGAGGUCCCAACUACCUCCACCAUGCUUGUCUCUCUGCCACAGAGCCAGGCCAAGCUCACCAAAGCUGUGAGUACAUCUUCAGUGCCCAGUAACAUCCACCUAGGAGUGGCCCCUAUGGGGCCAGGCUCCACUGUCACCCUGCAGACCAUCCCGCUGACUACGGUGCUGACCAAUGGGCCUCCUGCCAGUACUACUGCUCCCACUCAGCUCGUUCUCCAGAGUGUUCCAAAGGCGUCAACAUUCAGGGACACCUUCACUUGGCAGGCUUCCUUCCCCCUGAGCACCACUUUCCAAGAGAACCAGGUGGCAGCCCCAGGUGCCCCAUUGAUCCUCAGUGGUCUCCCCCAACUUCUGGCUGGGGCCAACCGUCCGAACAACCUAGUACCUUCCCAGGUCGUAAGUGCUGGGUCAACAGGGCCCAGCACUCAGCCCCCAGGAACUGUCAUUGCUGCCUUUAUCAGGACUUCUGGCACCACAUCAGUGCCUGUGGUGAAGGAGGGGACCCUGAGGCCCUCCUCAUAUGUUCAGGGUGUGGUGACUGGGCCCCCCAUGGAGGGGCUGCUGGUUCCUGAAGAGACCCUGAGGGAGAUCCUGAGGGACCAGGCUCAUCUUCACCCACUUCCAAGCCACCUGCUUUCAAGAGGUUCCCACAAUCUGAGCUUUACAGGGAGCCAGACCUUUCCUCCCCACAGCCAUCCCACUGUUGGUCUGACCCCAGUGGCUGAACUUGAGCUUUCAUCAGGUUCAGGGUCCCUGCCUAGUGUGACCACAUCUGGGAGCCUGCUGACCAGAUCCUCGACUCCAGUUUCUUUUCCCCCAUUCAACCCCACUUCCCUAAUUAAGAUGGAGCCCCAUGACAAGUAAACAAAGGGGUCAGAAGUAAGACCCACCAGGCAAAACAAACAUUUUCACGUGGACUUAAGUAGCAUACCUGCCCUUACAUUUAGUGGGAUGUGAUGCUUUUGCACCCCAUUCCUCCAGCCCUGUCUGGCAUCACCAUGAUCAAACUAUGUCCAGCUCAAGCAUCCCUGAUGUCAGACCACUGCCUUUCAGGAGCACUAGGGGAUAUGCUCUUGGCAGGAUAAUUGGCUGACUUGGUGAUGGAGGGAAAAUUCUGAGCCAGGAAACACCUUGUGUCCAGGGCUAGUGAGGGGCUUUGUAAGAAUGGUUAUUCCUUACACAGGGAACUCCCCAUCCCAUAUGUGAAUAUCUAUGUACGUAAUUGUGUGUACUUUCUCAGAUUUGUGUGAGGGCUGGGGUGUAGCUGUGAGGUGUGUAUGUGUGUGUGUGUGUGUGUGUGUGUGUGUGUGUGUGUAGGUCAGCCACAGAUAGGAGACCAUUUUUAGGAGAAAGCACUCUCUACUUUGUACAAGCCACAGUGCCAUUGCUCUGAGACUACAAGGUACAGGUUUGGAUGUUUCCAGUCUGGAGAGAUGUCUGCAGAGCUGGAAAGCUUCACUGGGUACACAUGUUGGAAAGACACUGCUAAGAGACAAAGCAGUAGGCUAAAACCAUGAAGGGAGGGAAGGGAAGAGCUCAGCAUGCUCCAUGGGCUCAUUUCUCUGCAUAGUCACUUUGCCCCAGGCUGGAACCUAGAGGACUUUGCUGAAGGUUGCGAGGCAAAGCACUUCUCUAGAGUCAGCCCCAAUUAUAAAGUCCCUAGCCAAGCCUGAGUUGAUUGAAUGUUUGUAGCUAGACCUUUGGUUUCUUUGUGUAAGAUCAGCCCUAUGUUGGACAAUAGCCCUUUUUUAGGCAUACUGCUACCCACAUCCUAUCCCAGGUUCCCUCACUACUUUUGCUCUGAGAUGUUCCAGCCAUCAGGAGGAGUUGCUGAGGCCAUAAGGGUGGUAGCUCAGCUUGAGUCUGCGUUUCUGCUCCUGUGUGCACGUGUGAGAUUCGCCUACCACAUACUCCUUGCUGUCUGUCCCACCCUGUCUCAUGAUGACUACAGAAGACCUCAGGUGGAUCAUUGCUCCUCACUUCCAACUGUUGCCUCUAACCUAAUUCUUUCUUAACCAAGAAAACAGGAGCCAGCAUAUGUGAGUUCCAUGGCGCUGCUCUUGUCUGCACAUGGCUCCUGACAUCCCUCUUUUCUGUUAAUCUCUCUUAAAAUCAGCCUUUCAGCCUUCAUCUCUCCCUGUGUUUCUUUUCCUAAAUCUGCUUACCUAGCUCCUGCCAGGUUUAGGGGCAAUGCUUAGAGAUGUUGGGCUCAGAAGCAUUUCCCUGAAUCUGCUUGCCUAUCUCUUGCCAGGUUUAGGGGCAAUGCUUAGAGAUGUUGGGCUCAGAAGCAACUCUAGCCUCUGGUGAAUUUGGUUAAUGUGAAUCAGGACCUUUGCUAUGUCCUCUGUGCCAAAGCGCCCAUUUGACCUAACUACCUCCCUGGCUGCUCUUUCCUCUUAUGGUCAUCAUCUCCCGCCGUUCUCUCUCCUUCCCCGGGGAAGGAACCAUCUGUAGCUGUGCAGGUGCAUUUGUGUUUCCUGUGAUUGGCACUGAAAUGUCUUUUCCAGUAAAAUCUGCUUAUUGUGAUAAUCUCUUGAUGGUUGGAAGUAAGCGUCUUGAGAAAAGGUCACUAUUGUUGCUGUUGUUGCUGCUGCUGUUGUUAGUGGUGGCAGUUUUGUUUUGAGACAGUGUCUCAUAUAACCCAGGUUGACCUUGAGCUUGCUAUAUAGUUGAGGAUGACCUUGAAAUUCUGGUCCUCUUGCUUCCACUUCCUGAAUGCUGGCAUUUAUAAGUGUGCACCACCACUCCUAGUUACGUGGUGCUGAGGAUCAAAUCCAGGAUUUCAUGCAGGCUAGUCAAACACCAACUACCAACUGAGCUACAUCCCCAGCUCAACCAUUUU